CAAAACAGAACAUAUCCUCUGUGGCAUUACGGAAACAUUUCAACAAUAACUGCUUAUUGUAAUUUAUGGCCUUGACUAAUAAAAGGCGAAAGUGAAGAAGCUACGCACAGGAAACCACUAUCAUAUAAAUAGCUGAUAGAUGGACUCGGCUAUAAAUUGUAAAGCAUAUCGAAUUCCAGAAGGCUAGAAGAUGGAUGGCCGGAAUGUAUUCGCUUUCUUCUUGUUUCUAAUUGCGAUGUCCAUAAUGUGUACUGCUAAAGGCGAUCCUCAACGAGAUGAUCAUGGGUCACGUCGUCCGCCUCAACCAUUUAUAACUACUCAAUCUCAGCCUACGAUUCAAGUCCUUGGAAUUCCCAUCGUGUCGGCUCUCAACCUUGCUGGCGGAAUAGUUGGAGGUGUUCUAUCUGCCACUAGACUGACGGAACCGUCGUUUGCCCCAUUUUCUUGCAUCGGUCGAAUACCUGGAUACUACGCUGAUAUCACCACAAACUGCAAGAACUACUAUACUUGCACACCUCGUGGACGUCAGUUCUAUUACCGUUGCGGAGAACACACUAUUUUUAAUCAACUAUAUUUAACCUGUGAUCAUAGACGCAACUACGACUGCCGGCGAGCUCUUCAAGACUACAGUGUCAACGAGCGAUAUCGUCCCUUUCGUACUCGCGGUUAACACGGACUAGA